GAGGAAGCUGCUUGGACACCUGCAGUGUUUGCACUUUGCAGUGGGCGAAACGCGCUAUAUCGUGGAGUGGACUCGAAGUUGAGCGGACUUGCAAUCGUGCAGAGCUGAAGCGGUGGGGAAUGGCGGUGCAGUCCGCGGCAAUCGGCAACCCCGGGAUCUCCGACGACUCCGCCGCCGAGCCCGGCCGCCGGAUGCUGGGAGCUGCCGAGGAAGCCGUAAACAGGUGGGUAUCCCGGGAGGCGGCCGCCGAUGGCGGCUACGGCGUCUCCGAUUUCCCCGCGCUCGCGGCGGCGGUCAAGGAUCUCAUCUCCCUCGGCUCACACGGCGGCGCCUACAGCCAACGCGCUAAGCUUGCCUUGGAGGUAACCUUCUGCAAUGGGACACCUUGAGGACGACUUCUGCCAAGUUCUUAUUUCAGGCACAUACUUUCAUCCCCCUGACAACCUCCAAGCAUCACUAUAUGACAGCAUUGCCCUGCCUGUCCGAUCCUCCUCGUUCUCAUAAAUAACCAACUUGGAGGCUGCCAGCUUAUCCUCAUUCACAACAAGCUCUAGUGAUGAUAGAUGGACAUACUGUACUGGACACAGCAGAGAUUCUUUCUCCCUGGAGAAGGUACACCUGUAUCUCAUCGACCCUGAAGCUUCAACAUUGCUAAAGGAGAUCGCUGAGCUCAUGAUGCUUGCUGGACAUGAAUCAAACCUUUCUCAUGCCUAUGGUGAGAUCCGUAAUAGCACAUUGAUGCAGUGUCUUUGUCUGUUCGGUGUUCAAAUCGAUCUUAACAGCUAUAAUCCAAGAGCUUCUCCUUCUGAAAGUGGGUUCAACAUGCUACUAGAUCUAGAUGGACAAAAGAUGGAAAUAUGGAUCCAAGCUCUCAGAGUCAUUAUUGGCACAGUACUUCCUGAAGAGCGUCAGGCUUGCACACAGAUUUUUGGGUCCGACAGCAAGGUGGAGGAGGACUGCUUUGCCAGAGCCACUAUGCGUUUUAUUCAACAAUUAUUUGCAUUUGGAAGCCUGAUAGCCAAUGUGAAAGACGAACAGUAUGAGAAAGUGCCCCUGCUCGUACAAAUGCUUGAGGAAUUUCUAAAGCUUAAACCGAGCAUAGAAGCCCUCAGGUAUGGUGAUGCCAAGGACGCAAUCAGCCAGGAGGCUGACAUGCUUCUUGAAAAGCUCAGGGAAGAAGCAGUUCGCCUACUAUUGAAGUUUUCAGAAGCACAGAUCAACCAUGAGUCCUAUGAUAAUGAAACGAUAGUGCUCAACGGCAGCGUCCUAUCGUUUCCUCAGUAUACCAUGGGUGUUAUCAAACUUCUUGCUGGUUACAGUGACACGCUCAAUAUUAUUUUACCAGUAGAGGUGGGUGGUGUUGGCACUGUGACUACAAGCCCCUGGAAGAGCUACGUUCUCACUCUGCUCACUCGUCUACAGCUAAAUAUUGAGGAGAAAUCCAAAUCUUACAAAGACGAAUGCCUGCGGAAUGUAUUCCUGAUGAACAAUGCGAUGUAUGUGCUUGAAAAGGCACGAUCUCCGGAUCUGAAGAUAUUGUUAGGAGAUAACUGGGUCACUAAACAGCUUGUCCAGGUGGAACAGCAUGCAACGGCUUAUCUCCGAGCUUCUUGGACUGAACCUCUGUUUCAGUUGAAAGACAAAGGGAUCAACUACACAGAGAGAAGUUUGAUAUUGACAAAAAAAUUCAAGAACUUCAAUUCAAUAUUCGGAGAAAUAAGCAGGGUCCAGACGACGUGGAAAGUCCCCAACCCUCAGCUUCGACAACACUUGCGCCUUGUUAUAUUACAGCAGGUUAUUCCAGCAUAUCGGGCAUUCGUGGGACGAUUUGGUAUGCUUUUGAACUCAAAAUUCAUAAAAUACACUCUUGAGGAUAUAGAGAAUAAUGUGUUGGACCUAUUUGAAGGCUAGGGGUGAGAAGCCAACAUGGAAAUGUCUAAAUAAUGGACGUACUAGGACCUCAUGUUGUCAUGCAGUGAGUUACAAGUAUAUUGAUCAACGGAAGGUAGAAUAGAUCACAUUCAACACGGCAAUAUGAAAAAUACUUUUGAGACUACUUAAUGUAAUCGUGUACAUAUCAUGUUAUAUAUGAGCCUCUAUGACUGGACUACAAAUGUUUAUCUAUGUUAUUUAUGUUCUUGCCCGUAUGUGGGUUUUAAACUUCAGUGUAACAAAGAUGUACUAAUAUUUACACAUAUUGUUCUCAAAAAAAAAUAUUUACACA